CGGGCGCCCGUCAUGUGAGGGGGAUAUAGUACUACGGGAGCGGGGCCGCGCUCCGCAGCCGCGCACCCGCCUCCCGGGGGAGCUGCGCCCGCCUCCCGCCGCUCCGCGUCCGCUCCUGCCUGCGCGGCAUCGCGCUCUGCUCUUGUUUGCUUCUUGGGUUUUUGUUUGUUUGUUUUUAAUUCUGCGUUUUUGUUGUGUGGGGGAUUUUUUCCCCCCACCCUCCUUGUUUAUUUAUUUAAUUUUUUUAAAAAAAUCAUUAUUAUUUCUAUUUUUUUUUUUACUUGGUUUUGUUGUUUGGUUUCUGGUUUUCUUUUCCUCCUUUUUCGCUGUUGUUUUUGCAGUCUUCUGGUCGUUCCUGGCCUUUUCCCCCCAGCCCCGGCUCGCAGAGGAGUUCAGGCUCUCACCUGAACUUUGGCUGCCUGGUAUAUGCUGUUGGGAUAUCCUUAAGAGAUCGCCCAGGAAUGGUGGAUCACUUGCUGCCUACUGAUGAAUCCUUUUCAUCUACAAGAUCUUCUCUUGGAUACUUUGGGGACAUGACAGCGGGGGUGAGGUCCUACCAAAUGCUGCCCUCUCCCCUGUCAGAAGAUGACAGUGACUCGUCCAGCUUUUGUUCUUGUUCCAGCCCUGACUCCCAGGUCCUCAGCUCCAGCUAUGGAAGCACGUCCAGUGCAGAAAGUCAGGACAGUAUCUUAGACUACUUAUUGUCCCAGGCAUCUUUGGGGAACACCAAUACAUCAUGGUGGGACAAAAGGAGACUUCAGCCGAUAGUGAAAGAGGAGUACUUUAGGUUGCCUGAAUUUGCUGUGGAUAUGGAAGACUCAGGACCAUUUCAGCCCACACUUGAGGAAAUUGAGGAAUUUUUGGAGGAGAACAUGGACUUGGAGCUCAAAGAAAGACCUAAAAAUGAGACCAAGGACUUGAGAGCUUGCAGCCAAGUUUCUGUUGCUUCGCUACAGCAAAAAGACCACAUGCUACCCAGCACCAGUUUAAAAGAGAGUAAAAAUGAACAGUUGAGCAGCACAACAGAAGGUGGCCAUGCUUCAAAUGGAGGAAUGACUCUCGAGAAUGGGAUACCAGUUAUGCUCCAAAUUCAGCCUGUACAGAUCAAACAGGAGUCCAACACAAGCCCCAGUUCCCAAGGACCAGCACAGGAAAAUAUUAAAAUUGCACAGCUCCUAGUCAACAUCCAAGGACAGACAUUUGCCCUUGUGCCUCAGAUAGUUCAGUCGUCCAAUUUGAACUUGUCCUCUAAAUUUGUCCGCAUUGCUCCUGUCCCCAUCGCUGCCAAGCCAAUUGGGCCAGGAGGCAUGAUCCAGGGUCAGACGGGAAUCAUCAUGGGUCAGAAAUUUCAAAAGAACCCUGCAGCUGAACUCAUUAAAAUGCACAAAUGUUCUUUUCCUGGUUGUACCAAGAUGUACACGAAAAGCAGCCAUUUGAAAGCCCACCUGAGGAGACAUACAGGAGAAAAGCCCUUUGCGUGCACGUGGCCGGGCUGUGGAUGGAGGUUCUCCAGGUCAGAUGAGCUGUCCCGGCACAGGCGCUCCCACUCGGGGGUGAAACCCUAUCAGUGUCCCGUCUGUGAGAAGAAGUUUGCUAGAAGUGACCACUUGUCCAAACAUGUCAAGGUGCAUCGAUUCCCACGAAGCAACCGCUCCGUCCGCUCCGUGAACUGAUUGUUCCCGCUUUCCCCUUCCCACCCAGCCAUCUUACAACAGCCGAUUACAGCACUUUGCUCACUGUAUUUCUAGUGAUAAUUUAUUUGUCGCCACAGAACAGUCAAUGCUGUUACUUCAUACCACCAUGUUUGAGUGCCCCACGUUCCUUCAAAGAUGAUUUGAGAGUGAAGUUCCUUUUGGGUCAAGGGAGCAGGGUGCUUCUUCCCUUUUUUUUUUUUUUUCUUUUAAGGAUAUUAUUUUCCUUUCCUUCUAUCUCUCCCUCCUUUGCUGCUGCUUCUUUUGGAAAUUACAGUGUUUUAUUUUUAGCUGUUUUCUGCUGCACAGGAAAAUGUAAAAGUUGCUUGCUGCUAGUUAAUUAUAGCCCUGGCAUUCCUGAGGGCUUUGCUCAUGUACAGGCCAUUCAUUGUGAGUUUUUAUUAAGCUGCUCUAUUUGUCCAGUUUGGAAACAGCAAAUUCCUUUUGAAAUGAAAACAACUCCUUUGUUUUUGGGUUGCCUGAGCCAAGGAUUUGUAGGGGCUGGCCAUAGGAGGAGGAAUAGUGGGAGUUGGGGACAGGGGGAGAGAAGGCUUGAGAGCACUGGAAUGUGCCUUCAUGCACAUCUCUAUGCAGCUCUGAUUUCCCCAGCUCACAUUUACCUUUCCCUUGGCUAGGGCUAUAUAUAAAUAUUUAUGUAUAUAUAUUCAUACAUACAUAUAUAUAUAUAUAUUUAAGCAAAGGCACAUCCCAGGAAACUGGGAAGCUCAGGCUGGAUGAAAUGGCUUGGAGUGGAGCCUUUCAGUACUGUGUGCUUGCUUUUGUCCUGUGCUGCCACAGGGUGAGGGGAUGCCCAGCUGUCGAAGGACACACUGCUUUCCUUUGAGUCUGGUUUGCAGCAUCCAUUGUCUUUAGCAGAAGAGCUGUUGUCUGCAUGUAAGGCAGCAGGAAGACAUCUCCUAGAGCGUCUGAGCUCUGUUCCUAUCUCUGCUCCCGUCCUCUUGUGUGAUCUUGGGGAGAAACCAGAGCCCCAGCCUCAAAGGUGCCUGGUGGUCCUGACGAGCACUGGGCAUCCCCACAUCCACCGUGAAUCAAAGCCUCGCUGGUUGGAGCUAAGUCUCCAUUUGCCUGCUGCCUGGCAGGGUCUGUAGGAUGUGCCUGUGCCCAGGGAGGAUGGGAGGCAUCAUGGCCUGGUGGGACAGCACUGUGAGAUCAGGGUCUAGGGUUGAUCUUCAGUGCUAAUCCUCUCCUUCCCGACAGCCAUGUCAGAGCUCCAUGCAGCUGGGGUGGGCGAAGGGGUGAGAACAGUAGCCAAAAGAAACAAAUUUGUCUGAUAGCUGGCUAAGAAGGGAAUUUAAACAAAUAAUAAGACGGUAGCAGGCAAAUGAUUUUGGUUUUGUUUCUUCUUGUUUUGUUUCUCCUUUUGAACUCUGGUGAUUGUAAGAAGCUUUAGAAGAAAAUAGAAUUCAGUAAUUAGAAAUGAUUUUUAAUGGAUGUUGCAUUUCCUUUCCAUCUGUUUGUCCUUUUUGUUGGCAAAAUGGGAAACAGGAAAGUGAGAUCCUAGCGCUAGGCAGAGCAGGAGCCCGCGCUGUGAGAGAACAGCAGGUCUAGCUAAAGUGAAUGCAUUCCUUUUGUCCUCUAGAAAUUAAUAUAAAUGAACUAUCACCUAUUGACUGGUUUAUAUCACAUCCUAUGAAUGUAUGUAAAUAAAACUGUACAUAGAUGCAUAUCUAUAUAAAAUAUCUUUUAAUAACGUAUCAAAUUUGUGUAAAUUGGAAACAAAAAUACCUAUAAAGCCAGUGUACAUAAGUUACAAUUCUGUAUAUUUUCUUUUGUUCUUCAUAAAAAUAUAUUUACUUUGACAAUAAAAUGAAAAUGGAAAUUUUAAA